CGACAUGUUCUUGAACCUGUGCAUCUCAAACGAGUUUACCUGGCAUUAACGGCGGGUAGUUGAAAGUGAAAGUCGAAAAUUUUUUGCUCUUGAAUUUAAAAUUAAUUAAAAAUCAAAUACAUUAAUUAAAAUCAAUAUUAUCAGCAGAUUUUAAUGUUAAGAUAAUAUACCCACCUGUCCAGUGUUAUCUCCUAACAUAAUUCACACACACACCAUGGAACAAGCAAAACAGUCUGUUUAUGAUAUCAUGACACUGUUUAACGAAAGGAUGUCUGCAUUUGAAGCUGAGCUACGGAAGACACCUCCUACUACAACUAGUUCAGCUAUUGAGGUGGAAUUUCGCUCCUUCAAAAGUUUCAUCGUUGAAGUCCUCAACAACUUACAGCGACAGCUGGAGGUUCUGGCGCACAAUGGUGAUCGGUUGGAAAUGAGAAGUCGCCGUAAAAUGGUAUUGCUGCAUGGUGUGCCUGAGAGUGAGUCAGAGGAUACAGCUCAGAUUGUGGUGCAGGUUGUGAAUAACAAGUUUAAUCACAGCACUUUCAAACUGAGUGACAUUAAGCGCUGCCAGAGAAUGGGACAGUCAGCUGGUGCUCACAAACCUAGACCCAUCAUCGUCAAAUUUCACUACGUCAUGCUCCGGGACAAGCUAUGGUUUGACAAAACGAAGCUCAAAGGAACCGGCAUCACUCUCUCGGAAUUCCUUACGCGAACGCGUCAUGUUACAUUUAUGGCAGCACGAGAGCGCUUUGGCUUGAACAAAUGUUGGACCAGGGAAGGAUAUAUAUACAUUCUCGGAUCAAAUAACUCAAAGCAUCGCAUAUCCACCAUGAGCGAACUCCUUAAAAUCGAGCAAGCAUUGUCGAAGCCGGCUGCUGUUAUACCGAAGUUACUACCGAAGGCUAGACGGGUAGCAACAAAGAAAUAGGUUUCUUUUGUUGUAUUUUUAAGUAACAAACUGUCACCAUCACUAUGAAGGUACAUACUUAAUUAUUUUUCUACUUUUGUUAUUAAAAUUAUCACAGAAAUUGCAAUAGCGUCAACAAAGUCAAUGUCACUAUGUCAAUGUCAAAUCACCUGUUAACGUCACUCACAUGGUUUUGUUGUCCUUAAGCGCAAGGGGAAUCAUGCACAUGCAGCCUUUUAAAUGAAAUGAAUAUAUAAAUAACAUUGAGAUGUCCCAACUUGCGCAUACGAUGUGCUGUAUGUACCUUUCUUAUUAUUGUCCUUGUUUUAUUAUUAUUAUUAUUAUUUUUGUUUGCUUUGUUCGUAUAAAUCAAUUCUGUGGUGUUGUAUUGUAAUUUAUUUUAUUUUAACUGUUAUACUUUUUGAGUCAGCAACCAUACUAGGGCAACUCACACAUUACAUAAUUUAUAUACCUGAUUAGAAAUGUUGCACUGGUACUGGUUGUUCAUUAGCACCGUGAUUGUUUUUUCAACUUUUGUUUAGAACAUUAUUUUGAUCUUCUACAUGCAACUGGCAGAUGGAAGUUGUGGAUUUAAAUAAACCCAUUUUUAGUAUUUAAAUAUUGUGUAUAGGUUGAUAUAUACAUAUAUUUUAUUUUAUUUUUACAUAUAUAUUAUUUUUAUAAAUAUUUUUAAUAAAUAUAUUUUUAUUAAUUCGGUAUUCCAUAUAUGGACGACAGUGAUGAUAAUGCAGAUAGUUUUUUAUCAGCUUG